AGGUAACUUCCGAGUGUGAACCAUAUAUUUUUCCUGAGAACGCAAGAACGUCUUCAACAAAUAAAAGAGGCUUGUUCGUUGCGCGACUCCAGCGGCCGGCUAGUGUUUCUCUGAUCGCUCUUCACCAAUAGAUCAAUGGGUUCGGUAGAAAAGUGUGGCAGAUUUAAUGAAGAGCAUGUAGUCACUGACGAGGAAUUCGUCUUCUACAAGAAUGAAGUUGUGAAGAGCGACGGAUUUGAUGUUCCUUCCAUGCCUGACGUCUCCGCUUUUCACAUGAUCCAACCAUGCAACUUAAACCGCGAGAGCGAGUACAUCUUGUUCCAAAAAUAUUCGCAGCUUGCAAUUGAUAAAUACCACCGUCGAUUCGAGGAUACAAGUGCAAAGCUGGAGCUUGUGAAGGUUUUAAAAACAAUGUCUAUGGUUCUUGAUAUAGUCAGGUAUUUUAUCACCUUUGAGGCCAAGGACCUCGCUGAUGGAGGCAAGAUUAAGACCUAUCAAGCUGUAGUGCGUUUGGAUGUAUUUGGGGGAGUCGGUGUUGUCUUUCAGGCUGAAGCCUACUGAGGAUGAACAAGGUAAAUGCAUUACCUUGAAAGGAGAUUAAUUCAAUUAGGGAAGUGGGACUAACAAUAUUUUUCAACUCAAUGCAUCUAUAGACGCGUGACUCACAAUCCUUUUCAACUUCUUAAAAAUAUAUAUAAAUUCAUCUUAACAUCUAAA